AUGCUCUCUAGACACAAAAGUCGCGUUCACGUUCCGGUGAGCAGUUCGAGUUCACUGAUAUUGGAUGUAUCUGAGGAGCAAUUUGCUACUGAACUGGCCAAACUCCGGGGUAUUCCUAGGUCCUUGCUUAAUUCACGGCCAAGGCUGAAUGGGCAUCCAGUUAAUCUAGUGAAGCUGUACAAUGAAGUCGCUUUACGUGGUGGAUCCAAAAAGGUGACUUCUUUGUCCCUCUGGGAUGAGGUCGCUGGUGCCAUUUCUCUGCAGCGGGACUGUGUCAACAUUGGUCAGGCUGUAAAAAAUGUCUUUCAAAACUAUCUGGAAGUCUUUGAGCGCGUUCAUCGCAGUCUGGAUGGGCAGUCUAGCGCGGAAGUGUCACAGGUCUUGGAAAUCGAUCUCGCCAACGAUUCUCUCAAUCUCCAAGUGGUUGAAAAUCACCUUCGUCACCGCUGGAAUUUAAGCACCGAUCUCAUCGAAUCCGUUGAAUACCGAGCUCUCUUGCUAGCUCUGGAGUCGGGCUUGCCGAACGAGCUAGACUACGCAAUAAACACCAUCCUCCUCAUAUCGUCUCAACGAAACGGUUUUGACUUAGCUCGUUGUCCUGAAAUCCUUCCUCUUAUGCUUUCUGCUGUGGGAAUUUAUUCCACCGGUAUUCAUUGGGGAUUCCUUUCAGAUGAACACCUGCCGAACCGUCCUGACGAGUUUCCUUAUUCUUGUCCCUUGACCUUCCGCGACACCAUGACUUAUCACGAUGUGGAGGGUUUCCGCGUGCAGUUGGUGGCCAUGGUGUUGCGAAAUCUUGUGGUAACGCCCUCCGGUAACUCCGUGAUCCUCAGUCAGGAGCCCGACGUACUCCGUUUUGUCUGUUUAUGCAUUUACUCCUCUCACACUGCCCUGCGCCAACUCGGAUUAGACACUCUUGCCUACCUCCACUUUCCGGUCAUUGGCCCACUUUCUGACGUCUUGUCCCAUCUCCUUCCUGAUCUCCUCUCUUCCCAAGAUAGAGUUGACACCACCAGAGGGCUUAUGAUAAUUCGACACCUGUGUGAAUCUCCAGUGCAGUCCCAUCAGGGUAAUCCAGGGAGUAUGCACAAUUACCUGAUCGAGGCAUCCUCCAGAAAUAUCGAUUUUCUCACUCAUUCGCUGCCUCGGCGUGUGAUUGGUCUAGUCCUCCAAUUGGCCUGCCUCUGUGACCUUCACAUGCUUGUGUUGGCUCUUGACGCACUCUUCGCUCUCUCGGCGCAGGGCCCAACGCUCUGCGAUACUCUUCUCAGUGAGAGACAUCGAUUUAUCUCCACCCUUGUUGGCUUCCUUACCUUCGAGGCACAGUCCCUCGGUUCUGACGGUCUCAUCCGGAUUCGAGUUAUGCAGGUGCCGGGCCCUACUUUAACCACUACUGGUUCCGCCAAUGCGCCCAACAUAUCUCAGCCUAAUCCGACAAGACGUAUCAUGGAGAAGCCUGUCGCACCCACAAUGCCUCCACUGACGCCUGUGAAAAAGGAUCCACACCCUACAAUUGCCUCGUGUCUCCUUCUGAGCCCAGCGCCGCAGCCCCAUGCCGGAUGCUACGCCGUUCCGGUGCCAACUACGGGUGUUACCACAUCUGCGGUAAAAUCGUCUCCCCUUCCGCCAUUACUAACACAAACAGCGCAGGAUCCCCCAGUCCCACUGCCCACUUCCACAACCAAGGCCAGCAUUUCCAUUACGUCACCAACGCCUUUAAUCGAGGCUGUUGAUUCCAAGCCACAGUCGACGGCGAUGGUGAUAACGCAGGUGCCGACUCAGCAAAACCCCGUUGUUUCUCGGCCUCAGGUCCUGCCUAUGAUGGCCACGACUCCUAAACCUGCUGUUGUCCUUCCAUCCACGACCAAUGGGAGGCAGCAACUGCAGCAGCAAGCGGUAGCAGUAGAGCGAAAGACCAAUUCUUCUCCGACUUCACAUCAGCAACAACUGCGUACGCCUCUUCUGUCGUCUUCCUCUACUUCUUCCCUAUCUUCCUCCCUCGUUAAUACCCUUCCUAAGCCGUAUCCAGACGCACCCACAGACAAACGCGAGUUUGCAGUGUUUUGGCUCAAUAAAAACUACGAGGUUCACCCGCAGUCGAGCUUUCCACGAGUUCAAAUCUAUGCUGACUAUCAGAAAGCCCAUCAAGCUCAAUUUGGAUCUUCAUCUGGCGGGGCACUCUCUGCAGGCGACUUCCAUUCUAUGAUCAAGAUGGUGUUUCCUCCGGUCGAUCAAGUAAAGGUCCUCGUUCCAAACGGAAACGUUGAGAUCCACUACAACAAGCUCAAGCAUGUCGAUGCACCCGAGCCAGUUGAGCAAACUCUUGGUGUUCAGCACAUGUUGGGAACGUGCCUGGCAAGUCAGAAUUCCGAUGGAAAGAGUCUUACCCACCGAAUGACAGCUUCCGUUUCCUCGAAGUCGACUCGGAAACGCAGUGCGGUCAAUCUAAUAGAGGGUCCAGCGGCGGAGGCAGCCGCUGGCAUGAAGCAAUUGCGUCUCGUGGAGGACGCAGUCAAAGCAAACGGAGGGGCUGGAGGGACACUGACUAGCACUACUUUCGUCAACGGUACUGGUGCGCAUCCCAUCAAGCUUCUCGCCACCAACGCUGCUACUUUUGUCGAUGGUCUUAUCCCCGCCUCAUCCAACGGUCCCAUCGAACUCACCACUAAUGGUAUACACCUCCAACAGCCGGUGAUAGCAGCUUCUGCAAUAGUCUUUCCCAGCAUUGACGGGAAGCGCGUGUUGAACGGUUUUGGAAGUUCUGGUGGUGGAAGCAGCGGUAGCUCGGUUAGUGGAAGCGUGGCCAUGGGCGCAGCGGGUCCUACUCUCAUUGACAGCUCACAAGGCGUUCUACAAUUUCGCACCCUCUUGCCCACCACUUCUAAUAAGGUGUCUCCCCAGUGUCGAGCCUCCCUCGUCAUGCAGUCCACCGCGGCAAACGCUACGGCUCCUGGCAUUGUCACUGGCGCUGGUGGCGGUACUGGUACUGAGAUUGCCUCUGCACCUACUUUAACCUGUCUUGGUACUUUCAUGACUACUUCCACCGUGAGUGGAGUGGGUGGAGGAGCCCAACAGGUGUUUGUGUACUCCCUCGCACCUAAUGCGCAACUCUCUAUUGCGCCCACUGCUGCGACUAUUCUACCAGCCGUAGCCCCUGCGCCCACAACAGUACCCGGACCGGGUGCCUCUCAGCAGCCGCAUCAUCAACCCCUUCUUACCGCUGCAACUGUUGCCACAAUACCGCAGCAGACGCGCCUCGCAGCCCCCCCUACAGUCUUCCCUUGCCGCUGGGUGGAUUGUCGAAAAUCCUUCCCUUCUGUCGAUCGCCUCUUCUCCCACGUCUACUCUGCUCACUUCACUCUUAUUAAAGGCCAGCAGGAAACCACUUGUAGGUGGUUGGGCUGCAAAGAGUCCAACACUCGAAGAAGCUCACUGUCACUACUGGAUCACCUCCACGAGCAACACUGCGCUACGCAUUCUUCUGGUUUACCCAGCAAGCUUCUCUCCACUGUCUCGACAAGCAGUGUCACAGCGGAGUCGGAGGGACCAAUUUUGACCUCUCUGACCACAAUGAAACCUUCUCUCAGUGCGACGAGGGCUGUGGUAGCCGACUGUGAGUUUCGGCAGGCCCUUCAGGCUGACUUCUUGCCAACCACGUCUGAGGUUAUGCGAGAGGGACCUGUUACUAAGCACGUUCGUCUCACCGCUGCUCUGAUCCUUCAAAAUUUGAUAACUUACUCAUCUGCUGCUCGAAGACAGCUGAGGGCCUACGAGGCAUUAUUGUGUGAAAUGGCUCUCUCAGGGACAGAAGCCUCGAGCACGCUAACCAAAUGCCUCGCUAUCCUCUCUGCCUCACCGUCGAAUGAGGACGGUGAGGCGGAGAAUGUCCUCCCCUUUUCACCGCACAACCUCAGGUAG